CUCAGGAAAAAUCCCAAAAAUGGGAACAAAAAAGUCUUCAAUGGCUUCCCCAAUGGCUACUUUGGCUGUGGCAAUUAUCUCACUUUGCUUUCCUUCAAUAAUCCAAGCUAAUUACUAUUAUUCUUCUCCUCCUCCGCCACCUUACCACUACGCCUCUCCACCGCCGCCGCCGCCAGUUUACAAAUACAAAUCCCCUCCGCCUCCGCCUCCAGUGUACAAAUAUAAAUCACCACCACCACCUCCACCCGUUUAUAAGUAUAAGUCACCUCCACCACCGGUUUACAAAUACAAAUCCCCACCUCCACCAGCUUAUAAGUAUAAAUCUCCUCCACCUCCGACACCGGUGUACAAAUAUAAGUCCCCACCUCCACCUGUUUACAAAUAUAAAUCUCCUCCACCACCUACUCCGAUCUACAAAUAUAAAUCUCCACCCCCUCCAGUUUACAAGUAUAAAUCUCCUCCACCUCCAACACCAGUGUACAAAUAUAAGUCUCCACCCCCUCCUAUUUACAAGUAUAAAUCCCCUCCUCCGCCAACUCCAGUUUAUAAAUAUAAGUCGCCACCACCGCCAAGUUACAAGUAUAAAUCUCCACCACCCCCUACUCCAGUUUAUAAGUACAAAUCUCCUCCACCUCCAACUCCAAUUUACAAAUAUAAAUCGCCACCACCACCGGUUUAUAAGUACAAAUCUCCUCCACCCCCAACUCCAGUUUACAAGUACAAGUCCCCACCACCACCAGUUUAUAAGUACAAAUCUCCUCCACCUCCAACACCCGUGUACAAAUAUAAGUCCCCGCCCCCACCUGUUUACAAGUAUAAAUCUCCUCCCCCACCAACUCCAGUUUAUAAAUACAAAUCUCCCCCACCGCCAACUCCAGUUUACAAAUAUAAGUCACCACCACCACCAGUUUACAAGUACAAGUCCCCUCCACCCCCAACUCCAAUUUACAAAUAUAAGUCCCCACCACCGCCAGUUUACAAGUACAAAUCGCCUCCACCCCCAACUCCAGUUUACAAAUAUAAGUCUCCACCACCGCCAAUUUACAAGUACAAAUCUCCUCCACCUCCACCUCCAACUCCAAUUUACAAAUACAAAUCUCCUCCACCGCCAACUCCAGUUUAUAAAUACAAAUCGCCACCGCCCCCAGUUUACAAAUACAAAUCUCCACCACCACCAACUCCAGUCUACAAAUACAAGUCACCACCACCCCCAGUUUACAAAUACAAAUCUCCACCACCACCAACUCCAAUUUACAAAUACAAGUCGCCACCACCCCCAGUUUACAAAUACAAAUCGCCACCACCACCAACUCCAGUUUACAAAUAUAAGUCACCACCACCACCUCCUGUUUACAAAUACAAAUCCCCUCCACCGCCAACUCCAGUUUACAAAUACAAGUCCCCACCACCACCAGUUUAUAAGUACAAAUCUCCACCACCACCAACUCCAGUUUACAAAUACAAGUCACCACCACCACCAGUUUAUAAGUACAAAUCUCCCCCACCGCCAACUUCAGUUUACAAAUAUAAGUCGCCACCUCCAACCCCAGUUUACAAGUAUAAAUCUCCUCCGCCACCAACCCCAGUUUAUAAAUACAAAUCACCUCCGCCGCCUACCCAUGUCUACAAAUACACGUCUCCACCACCACCUCCACAUGUCCACCAGUUGCCACCGCAUCACCCUUACCUCUAUAGCUCUCCACCGCCACCUCCUUACCACCACUAAGAAGUCACCUUCAAUUCGUUGUUCCCAAGCUAAGUAAGAAAGCUAGGGGAUCAAUAAUGAAGGGCGGAAGAUCAUCCAUGCACGUGACUCAAGGGCAACAACUCCAGAACAAUAAUAAUAAAAAUCCCACUUGGAGCUCAAUCAAUUAAGAUAUAUACGAUCGAUCUUCUUACCAUUAUUUAUAUAUCGUAUAUUAUUUAUUUGGUUUACGAAUUGGUCGUAGCAUAUUGUGAUUUGUUGUUUUUAUUUCCUCAUUGUAUUAAUCUUUUGGCAUUUCGUCCCGUUGGUGUCGAAUGCAAUAAUAAAGUGUUCAAUUGUGCCUACUCA